UCCGCCCGCAGCCAAUGGCGCUCGGCGGGGCGGCUGCAUGUGGUGCGGGACACAGCGCCGGCCGCCAGCGCAGGAAGGCAGCGGGCUGCGCUCCGCCGCUCCGGGCGCUCCUCCUGCCAGCGGCGGCCCCAGCUGCCCCGCGGUGCCUGCAGCAUGGACUCGGACUCGGCGGAGCUCAGCGAAGGCGAGCUGGUCUCGCCCGCAGGUCCUGAUUAUUUCAGCUCCAAGAAUCUUGCGCUGCAAGCCCAGAAAAAGAUCCUGAGUAAAAUGGCAACCAAAACCAUGGCUAACAUGCUGAUCGAUGACACAAGCAGUGAAAUCUUCGAUGAGCUGUACAAAGUAACUAAGGAACACACCAGAAACAAAAAGGAAGCCCAUAAAAUCAUGAAAGACCUGAUCAAAGUGGCAAUAAAAAUCGGGAUCCUCUAUCGAAAUAAUCAAUUCAACCAGGAAGAGCUGGAGAUCGUAGACAAGUUCAGGAAGAAGCUGAACCAAACUGCCAUGACAAUCGUCAGCUUCUACGAGGUGGAGUACACUUUUGACAGGAACGUGCUGGCCGAACUGCUGAACGAGUGCAAGGAGCUGGUGCACGAACUGGUGGGGCGGCACCUGACGGCGCGGUCCCACGGCCGCAUCAACCACGUCUUCAACCACUUUGCGGACGUGGAGUUCCUGUCCGCGCUCUACAGCCUGGACGGGGACUGCCGGCCCUACCUCAAGAGGAUCUGCAACGGCAUCAACAAACUGCUGGACGAGAAGGUUCUCUGAAACCGCCCUCAAAGGCAAGGAAACAACCAAAAACUUCUCUCUAGAACUGGUCACCCUUCCUAAGCCAUGGUAGGCAAGCAAGCUUCCUUCCCAUCAGUCUUACUACAGUCCCCAGCAGGGCCCAGAAGGUGCUCACCAGGCUCAUGAUGAAGUGGAAAACUUAAAUCAGAAAGCCAUCGAUUUUAAUGUUUUGCUCAGAUAAUUCAGCCUUUUUCAAGGAGCAGAGUGAACAAGGCUGCUGAUGCAUAUUGUUCAGACACAGAUUGCUAUUCACCGUGACCUUGCUAGCUUUGUGUUCAAGGCUGAACAUGUGAACAGAAAGUAAACUCAGAUGCAUGGCUAUGUAAAAAUAGACAGAUGAAGGCAAGAGCAAUGCAUGGAAUUUACCCCCAAGGCCCUUGGUGCGUAUAUUUUUAUUAUUUCCACGCUAACUGAAAAAGCUUUGGCAGAAAGUAGGGCUGUAAUGGAUUAAGUUCACUCCUUUAAAAAGGAUGAGGAAUCAAUAUGAGAAAACAUCUCUGAUUUUACAUGGUAUAUAAAUCUAAUAAGAGAGUAACAAAUCAUACAAAUUGAAGCAGGAGAAAAUCUAAAGAUCUGCUCUAUGAAGCAACAGUUUCAUCAGUUUAGUUUUAUACCUGCUAACAACAGAGAGAAGGUUUCAUUUUAAUUUGAAAAGCAGCUCAGUGGUUCAAGCUCAAAGGCAGAUGCAGUAGUACAGCAGCUUCCCCGCUCUCAGGGCUUGUGUAUUGGGUAACAUCAGGUGAGUUCAGACUGAAGGCUGUGCUGCCUGACAGAACAAAACACUCUUUGUGAAGAUUUUGAAAUUGCCCUUGUGAGGAGCAGCACGCCUGAGACAUCAUUUCCAUCCCUGAUCCUCAAAACAUUCAGCCUAGAUAAAACUCUUGGUUUAAUGUACCCAUGACAUUUGUGCCUACAGUAAAUCAGAGGUGGGAUACAAAGGAACCCCAUCCACUAUUUGUGCAGUGCCUCCAAGUGUAGCAUAUCCACAAUAGUCAAAAGAGAACAGCCUUAGUGACUCUGGUGGGUUUCUGGAGUGAGUUUUUGUUCAGAAUGUUUUCAGUGAAUUUUUUGGGGUUUUUUGAAACAAAGUAUAGAUAUGUCUUCAAACUGAAAACACUUUGCCAAGAAGGAGUGUGUUUUGUAGUUGUGGUUGGACCCAGGGAGUGUGGAGCAGAGUGGAUGCUCUGGCUGCCACUUGCAGAACCUGGGUAGGUGCAGACUGACCCAGAGUGAAAAACACUUGUUCAGAAACCUCUGCUCUCCUUGUCCUCUCCAUCUUCCCUCCAGACAUCUCUAUCUCCUAACCCUGCAGUGGCAGGAACCCUCUCCUUUCAGCUGACACAGAGAGCAGACAGUGCCAUCAUCUGGGGGUAAUACCUUCCACAUCAUCUAUGCUGUAAUAGAGAGAUGCAUGUUGACAAUGCAAGGCAAGAAAUUAUACUUGAAAGCCAUUCCUCUCUAAGGGAACCUUACACGUUGAUCACUCAUUUACCUGUUCCCAGGAGAACUCAUUUGAAGCACAGUAGAAAUGAGACAUUGGCAGAACAGUUUUUAAAGGUGUAAAUUUCCCUCACGCAUUUCCUUUAACCAUUAAAAGUAGAUUUCGUUACAAUGAGGAUGGAAAACUCCUUUGCAACACAGAAAUGAGACAGCAACAUUUGGGGUUGCAAGUUCAGCCAGUUGCAGAGCCAUAUUUACCUGCAUCAUUACCUGCAUUUCUUCCAGGCAUGUACUUGUCAACUGAUGCUUUUAAACAAUAUUUCUUGUAUCCAACGCUCCUGUCCCAGUGCACAUGUCAGAUUUUGUGUGUUUCAUUUGUGGUAAACAAAUUUAAGUUCUUCUUUCAAAGUCAGAAAAAGAUUAUUUAACAUUCAAGAUAUCUAAAGGAAAGGGAUAUCCUGUAUUUGUGACUUUUUGUGUGUUUCAAGUAUCAAUAUUCAGAUCCUGGUAUUUUAAACACACCAGCUGAACAUCUGUUGUUUUAUUUAAAAAUAAUCUGAGUAGCCUUAAGGAAAGAUAUGUUUUCAAGUAUUUCUCAUACUUGCAUAUCCUGUAUAUUCAUUGUUUACUUUUGUACUUGUAGCUUGGUAUGUAAGAACAUUGCUAAAAUAUGGGCAAUGUUAAGUUCACCUUAAAUAUAUUAUGUAUUAUCACAUUUGUGGAUUAAAAAUGUGUGAUUACUGCC